GAGCGCGGGGGCCGAGAUGGCUCCUCCGCCGAGGCGGGCGGAGGCGGCGGUCGCUGACAGGACCCGCGGCGACGCCCCCGCCGCCGCCUCCAGGCCUCGUCGGCCGGCCCUGCCGUGACGCCGCGGCGGGACGCGCAUGCGCAGCAGCGUCCAGCGCCUGUUGUAUCCGGCCGGCGCCUUUUCUCUCUCCCUCCCCUCCCGCACUCCCCGAGCCGCCGCGGUCGGUGCCGCCGCCGCCCUCCGCGCCCUCCCCGCCCCCUCUGCGCCUGGCCGCCAGUGCCUCCGACUUCCCCGGCUGCCCCAUGAAGCGAUGGCAGCGGCCAACUUCGGCAAGAUCCAGAUAGGGAUCUACGUGGAGAUCAAGCGCAGCGAUGGGCGAAUUCACCAAGCUAUGGUAACGUCCCUAAAUGAAGAUAAUGAAAGUGUAACUGUUGAAUGGAUUGAAAAUGGAGAUACUAAAGGCAAAGAGAUUGACUUGGAGAGCAUAUUUUCACUUAACCCAGAUCUUGUACUCGAUGAAGAUAGUGAACCUGGUCCAGACACAUCAGCACCACCUGCUCCAUCAGCCAAAGUAAACAAAAUCGUGAAGAGUCGACGAACUGUGUUAAGUGUUAAAAAUGACAUUCCUGCCAGAGAUAACAGAGUGGCUGGUUCUGCACGUGUGCGACCUACUCAGCUUCCUGAGCAGUCUUCCUCCUCUCAACAGAAUGGUACAGUUUCAGAUAUAUCUCCAGUUCAAGCUGCAAAAAAGGAAUUUGGACCCCCUUCACGUAGAAAAUCAAAUUGUGUAAAAGAGGUUGAAAAAUUGCAAGAGAAACGUGAAAAAAGAAGGUUACAGCAGCAGGAACUUAGAGAAAAAAGAGCUCAGGAUGUUGAUGCUACAAACCCAAAUUAUGAAAUUAUGUGUAUGAUAAGAGAUUUCAGGGGAAGUUUGGAUUACAGACCACUGACAACUGCAGAUCCUAUUGAUGAGCACAGGAUAUGUGUUUGUGUACGAAAACGACCACUCAAUAGGAAAGAAACUUUAAUGAAAGACCUUGAUGUAAUAACAAUUCCUAGUAAAGAUGUUGUGAUGGUACACGAACCAAAACAAAAGGUGGAUUUAACAAGGUACCUAGAAAACCAAACUUUUCGUUUUGAUUACGCCUUUGAUGACACGGCUCCUAAUGAAAUGGUUUACAGGUUUACAGCUCGACCAUUAGUAGAGACUAUAUUUGAAAGGGGAAUGGCCACUUGUUUUGCAUAUGGGCAAACAGGCAGUGGAAAAACACACACUAUGGGUGGUGACUUUUCAGGAAGGAACCAAGAUUGUUCUAAAGGAAUAUAUGCACUUGCAGCUCGAGAUGUCUUUUUAAUGCUAAAGAAACCAAACUACAAGAAGUUAGAACUUCAAGUAUAUGCAACGUUUUUUGAGAUCUACAGUGGUAAGGUUUUUGACUUGUUGAACAGGAAGACAAAAUUAAGAGUGUUAGAAGAUGGUAAACAGCAAGUCCAGGUGGUGGGAUUACAGGAACGGGAAGUCAAAUGUGUUGAAGAUGUUCUUAAGCUUAUUGAAAUAGGCAACAGCUGCAGGACAUCUGGCCAGACAUCUGCAAAUGCACACUCAUCUCGAAGCCAUGCAGUGUUUCAGAUUAUUCUCAGACGGAAAGGGAAAUUGCAUGGUAAAUUUUCUCUGAUUGAUUUGGCUGGCAAUGAAAGAGGAGCAGAUACUUCCAGUGCAGAUAGGCAGACACGACUGGAAGGUGCGGAAAUUAACAAGAGCCUUUUAGCACUCAAGGAGUGCAUUAGAGCCUUAGGCCGAAAUAAACCUCAUACACCCUUCAGAGCAAGUAAACUUACUCAGGUGCUAAGAGAUUCAUUCAUAGGAGAAAACUCCCGUACCUGUAUGAUUGCUACAAUUUCUCCAGGGAUGGCAUCAUGUGAAAACACUCUAAAUACAUUGAGAUAUGCAAAUAGAGUAAAGGAAUUUGGAAUUAGUCCUUCGGACAUUCCCUUCUCACAGGGUAGUGGCAGUCGCUCUGAUCUCUCUCCUUCCUAUGAGUAUGACGACUUUUCUCCUUCAAUCACCAGGGUGAAGGAGUUGAUGGUUGAUCCUAGUGCUGCAGGAGAUACUCGUCCCAUUGUACACCAUGCUGCCAAUCCGAUUGACGACUUAGAGCCGCAGUGGGGUGUGGGGAGCUCUCCUCAGAGAGAUGAUCUCAAACUCCUUUGUGAACAAAAUGAAGAGGAAGUUUCUCCGCAGUUGUUUACUUUCCAUGAAGCUGUGUCACAAAUGGUAGAAAUGGAAGAACAAGUAGUAGAAGGCCACAGGGCUGUCUUCCAGGAAUCUAUUAGAUGGUUGGAAGAUGAGAAAGCUCUUCUUGAGAUGACGGAAGUAGUAGACUAUGAUGUGGAUUCUUAUGCUACCCAACUUGAAGCAAUUCUAGAGCAAAAACUUGAUAUUCUGACCGAACUUAGAGAUAAAGUGAAAUCUUUCCGGGCAGCUCUACAAGAGGAGGAACAGGCCAGUAAACAGAUCAACCCGAAAAGGCCACGUGCCCUUUGAAAUGAGCCUUCGCUGCUAAAGGAAUCCAUGAACCCGUACUGCUGUAGCACACAUUUGUUACAAAAACCAGUGGCUGUAAGAACUCAACUACUUGAAAGUGUAAAAACGUUAGAAAUGUUUGUGGAAAUGUCCUGUUUUUUUAUUCACCUGAUUGACAUUUUCAGUUUUGUGUGAAAUGCUCCUAUGUCUACAAAAUGCUUCUAGACCAGACAGCACAACCAUGCAGUUUUUGAAUAGUUGCCAUGGUUUUAAUAAUGAAGUAAAACUGUGGCCAUUAAAGAGUCACAGUAUUUCCUUCUGACUCUGUUCAGUUUUAUUACAAAGACCAUCCGUGCUGUUUUAAAUUGUGUUUGCGUGCAUGCACACCUCACUAGUGGUUGUACAUAACUUCUCCUCUACAGACAGCUGUGCUAACCUUUUCCCAUUCUGUGCCUUGAGGAAGGCUACUUAACCCUGAACAUCCUCUUUUUGAAGCACAGCCUUAAUAAACAUUCCUUAUUUGUCAAUAUAAAUUACUUUCAGUAUGUGUACAUUUUUAAUGUGCUUUAAGACUAAUUUCUUUGGUGGCUAGUUUCAUUUCAGAGGAUGUGCCAUAUCAUUUUAAGAGGAACUGCAAGAGCUGUUUUAGUAGACAAACAGCUGGACAUUCCAUUCUUGUAAAAAUCUGGAAUCUACAUUUAUCUGGAUACCAUAAAGGAUCUAAUUCUAAUGUCUAAUUCUAGCGUUUUCUCUGUAAUUAAAAAAACCCAAACAAACAAAAAACCAAAAACAAAACAACAAAAAAAAACCACAAACAACCAAAAAUCCCAACAACAAAACCCCAACAAAAUAAAGCAUUACCCUUACCCUUUAUUAUACAUUAAUGUCAAGUCCUGAGGAGAGUUCUAUCUAGAAUAAUGCAGAUAUACAGUAUGUGGUAUGGUGUGAUAAUGCUGUCAGAGUAAAGGUACAAUCUGACCUCUGUGUAUGGAUAGAAUAACUGUCAAAGUUCAGGGAUCCAGCUAAAUACAUACAUACCGGCCUUUCAUAUACUGUUAAAAUUUGGCUUUUGAUGCAUGACACACUUAACAUGUACAUUAACCGUAGUUUGCAGGUAGUUUGAGUAGCUCUGUUGCUUUUAAAAGUAGUUAAAACCUAUUUUCCCUUUGUACAGUGCCAGCACUUGCGAAGUGGCGUGAAAUCGCAUCAUUUGGGGAUUUUUGCACAAUACCUCUACCUAGCGCUAAGAGAAAUGCCACAAAUACUUGGGUUCUCACCAAUGGCGCCAUGGGUAUCAGCACUUUUUAGGUGCUGGCACUCAAGUUAUUUUUGCUAGUCAGUAUCUAAAAAAUACUGACCUUUCAUGUAAGAACUUCUUGUCCAGUGAAUUGUAGACCUCUCUAGGAGUUCUCCCUGUUUCCAGGAGUUCCUAUCAGCAGACUUUCCCUUGGAACUGUUUAAAAAUUACUUUUGGAAUACAAGCCUGUUUGUUUGUGCCAGGCCUGGAGGGAGGUAAAGGGGAAGGCAAUGAAAAAAGUUAAAUGAGCCCAGAAUUCUUGUAGUGUUUAAUGUUUGUUUCUCCCAUAGGAAGGUAGGCUAUGGGAAGCUGUUGUCACAUCAUGGUUAAAAAUAAAAAUCUUACUGUGUGUAAACAUGAAAACUGAAACAAUGUAGAUUUUACAUAAUGUGUUUAAUAAAUAAAGCUAUUAAACGAAUUACAGAUGAGAA